AUGAUUGCAGAUUUGGGAAUGCUAGAGUCAAUAGAGGACUUGAAACGCGUCAAGAAGCUGGCAGAGGACGUAGAGCAUGAGAGGGAGGCUCUGGCUGUUCAAUUAGAGGCAAAAACGAAUCAAAAUGAGAACGUUUUGGACGAGUUUGAUCAGGUGAAUAAACGGUUAAGCGAGGCAGCGCAAAACAUCAUCGCGACGCGAUCUGCAGCAGAUAUCGCGACGCUGAGAGCGAAAUACGGACCGCUGGCCGUAUUGGAUGAGAUAGAGGCGCUCAUUGUGCAGAGAGAGGCGAAAACGGCCGAGAAAUCCGCGUUGGAUCGAGUGCAGAAGACCUUGGGUGCUAUGGAUGCGGUUCCAGAAUCUGGCGCCACAGACGCGCAGCUCGAGUUAUGGAAUGAAGAGCUGCGGGCUGCAGAGCACCAACUCUCGUCCCAGAACCUUGAACCCGUUUGCCAGCGCUUCAACGAGCUUCUAAGACAGUCAGCCCAACCGCUCAUCGAGGCUUUGAAGUCCGAACUGCUCGAAUCCAAUUGGGACCUACCACAGAAAGGGCAUUCACAGCUACCUGUAGUGCACCUCAGAGAGCUUUCUUCACGAAUUUAUCGCUUGAACUCGAUGCUACUUCCGCGCUUAGACCUUAAUGAAGUGUGGAACUUCCAAUGCAUUGCCAAUAAUUUCAAAAUCAAAUUUGUUUAUCAUUUUGUUAACGAUUCCAUGCAAAAACCCCACUCUGUAGAAAUGUACUUCAAGUUUCUGGAGCAAUAUCUGGAUCAGAACCUUUUCAAAUGUAUCGGUAUUUUCAACGAUCCCACCACUACAGGUUUAUCCCAGAACUUUGUUCAUCAGCAGUUUAUUAAUCAUAUUCUCACACCAAUCCGUGAAAAGGUGAACAAUACGCUGACAAAAAUUGCAAAUAGUGCUUCAACUGCAAACCUGAAUACGCUUCUAUUGCUUCUUUCUCAGAUUUUCAUUAUCGAUAACGCCCUUUUAAAAAAGUACUUUUACGACGGACUUGGCCUCAUUGCCAUGAUCCCUGCUAGAGUACUAGAUACUUGGCUCUCAUUCGAGAUUGAAUCGUCCGCCGCCCAAUUCCACAAGAUCGCUAAAUCUGCGAACUUAGAAAAAAGCGGUAUUGAUUUCAGCAAGCUUCUGAAAAACCUAUAUGCAUAUUUUGAACCCUUUUUUAACGUUGAAUAUGGAAAACUGAUGGACUACAGACUAAAAAUAACGAAAGCGAUUUUUAUGGAGUUGCCAAACAGAUACAGAGAUUCGCUCUUAAAAGCUAAAGAAGAAACAACUGUUACGGACGAAGGGCAAUUCGAACAGACUCUUUGGAAACUUCAGAACCUACUUGUAGUCAGGAGGCUUCUGGAGGAUUUCGGAAAUAGGCUCAAUUUUGUUGAGCUUACAGACUAUUUGAACUCCGCCACCUCUUCCUCAUAUGAGACAGUGUUUAGCGAAGUUAUAAAUGUUUAUGAGGAAGCCAUAAUAAUCGUGAGAGACUCCGCUAUUCACCGGUUCAAAAAAAUGAUGAACAUCGCGCUGCGAAAUUAUUUCAAAGUUAACGACUGGGCUCAAAUGGAUACCAAACCACAACAAUGCAGCGCGGAGCUUGUUUCCCCCCUGGGCCUAUCUAGUAAAGUCAUGAAUACAAUCGAGAAGUUUGAGUUGACACCCGAUAUCAUGUUAACUAUCAGAGAUGAAAUUCUGAACGCUUUGAUUCAUUACAUGAUCGAUUAUGUGGUAAAUCUCAACAAGUUCAGCGAAUCAGGGCUCGAGCAGCUGGCACUAGAUUUUACAUUGCUCAAAAAAAGCCUAAAUUUCCCUUACAGUAAUACACCUCAAAACGCAGAGGAGGCUGUGUUUUUGGAGACCUUUACAGUUCUGAAAUUGAAGUACAAAACUAAAGAAAAUAAUGGCUUACCACCGCUUAUAUCCAAGAAAAAUAUCGAUAGCCGUGACUUUUCAGAAAUUCGCAAAAUUCUGAGAAUAAAUUACUCCACAGACAGCGAAUUGGCAAAUGCAUUGUAUAGACUUUUGUAG